AUGCCAGAGACAACGCAAGAGACGUGCGCUUCGGCCAAAGACUCUCCUUUCUUCAUUAAGAACCUGCUGAACUGUGAUAGCAAACCGUCCAAACCCAAGCCCGUACUGGCUGCCACCAAGGCGGCAUUGGAGGGAGGAUUUUCCCUUUCUCAAGUCGGGGACUUGCACUUUCCACGUUUUGACCUGCCCGCACAGAGGUUCAGUCUACCGGCUCACUACUUGGAGCGCACCUCGGCGUGGUGGUACCCCUACACCCUCAGCUCAUCCGCCCACCUACACAGAACUGAAGUCACCGAGAAACCACAAGCCAGGGACUCCUCUCCAACCUCGGGCACCGACAGAGACUCUCCGGACAUGGUGCUCAAAUCCGAGCCAGACGCCAAAGACGACGACGAGGAUGAUGAGCACAAUAACAACAAAAGUGGUGACGAGAUAAUCCUGGAGGAGAGCGACGCGGAAGAAACCAAAAAAGACGAACUGGAGGAGUGGAAGAAGAGAGACGACGACAAGAAGCCGUGCCGCAAGAAGAAGACGCGCACGGUUUUCUCCCGGAGUCAGGUGUACCAGCUGGAGUCCACCUUCGACAUGAAGCGGUACCUGAGCAGCUCGGAGCGCGCCGGCCUGGCCGCGUCCCUCCACCUGACGGAGACUCAGGUGAAGAUCUGGUUCCAGAACAGGAGGAACAAGUGGAAAAGGCAGCUGGCCGCGGAGCUGGAGGCCGCGAACCUGAGCCACGCCGCGGCGCAGAGGAUAGUCCGAGUGCCCAUCCUCUACCACGAGAACUCGGCCUCGGAGAGCGCAGGUGCCGCUGCCAACGUGCCCGUGAGCCAACCGCUGCUCACCUUCCCGCACCCUGGCGUAUACUACUCCCACCCCAUCGUCACAUCCGUGCCGCUGCUGAGACCGGUUUGA